CUCUCUCCGUCACGAGCUCUCUCUCUCCGUCUCUCUCCGUCACGAGCUCUUUCUCCGUCACGAGCUCUCUCUCUCCAUCUCUCUCCGUCACGAGCUCUCUCUCCAACGUAAACCCAUCUCUCUCGAUCUCGAGCUCCUCCAUAUCUCUUGAUCUCGAGCUCUCUCCCCAUCUAAAGCUCUCUCUCCAUCUCUCUCCAUCUCUCUCGAUCUCAGGUGCUCUCUCCAUCACGAGCUCUCCCACACAAACCCAUCUCAAGCUCUCUCUCCAUCUCCAACGCAUCUCUCUGUUCUCCGACAAACCCAUCUCGAGUUCUCUCUCUUCGAGAUUCUUCAAGUGUGAGAUGAGUUGAUGGUGCAGUGUGAGGAUUGUUCUGAGUGAAUCUGAAGUUGAAGAGGUUGCUACUUGCUACUGAGUUAAGUGGAAAAGAGAGCUAUAAAGGAGACAUACUUUGUUGUUGAAGCUGUGUCUGUGUGUCUCAAUCUCUCCUAAGCUUUGUCUGUCUCUCACUCUCUCGAGACCCUCUCAAGCUCACUCUCUCAAGGUCUCAGACCCUCUCAAAUUCAAGGAGACAUACUUUGUUUGCAGCUAGCCUUCUUCACCAGAUAAAGCAGCCUUGAAUCUAGCUCCACUCGCGGUCAGUCUUUAAGGCUCUCUCGUCUCAAGCUCACACUCUAAAGUUCCUCUCACUUCUUAAGAUGACAAAAGAUACUUGGCCUCCUGAGGAAAUUAGGUAUUUUUUCAACUCUAUGCGGAAGAGAGAAAAAAAGGAAAUAAAGUUGGUAUAUCAAUGAAUAAAGUGGGGAAAAAGAACAUCAUGGAGGCGUUUGAACAGCGGUUUAAGAAAAAUUAUCCGGAUUGGAAGCCCUUCAAGAACAAAUACGACACUAGUAGGAAGAAAUACAUCAAGAUUAGGACGCUGACUCAAAAUAGGACAGGGCUUGGGUUUGAUAACAUGGGAAGGAUUGACAUGUCAGAUGAUUGGUGGAAUGAACGCGAAAAGGAGUGUCCUGGGAUUAGAAAAUCCGUAUGCAAAGAGAUUGAUAAUAUGGAUAUGUUUGAAGCGGAAUUUGGUGGUGUAGUAGUAACUGGAGCUGAAGGAUGGAGCACUCAACAUGGAGAAGCAAGUUUGGAUUCUAGAGUGGGUGGAGAUGAUGAAGCUGAUUCUCAGCCAGCAGCAGAGACUCAAGCAUUGGAGACAGAAACCCAACGCCAAGCUCAGCGCCAAACACAGCCAGCAGCUCAGACUCAUUCUGAGAGUUCAAGAGGAAAAAGAAAGCGUAAGGAAAAAGAUAUGGUUGUAGAGGCUUGUGUGAAACGGACUGAAGCUCUUGAGGUGAAGAGCAUGAUAGCGGAACGGAUGUUGGAGCGUCAAGAAGCUUCUAGUGUUGAGAAUGUGUUAGAGAUACUGUCUGCAUUGCCUGAAGUGAGAGAGUGGUCUCCAUUAUAUGAAGCAGCAAUGGAACUUCUUAUAGAUAGUGAAGGGAACCGAAAAGCCUUUAUAACAAUGAAGACAGAUGAAGCUAAGAUUAGAUGCUUGAAAGAUGGAUGUUGGAAGAUGAGGAUGGUGAUUAUGAUGAUGAACUUGGUUUGUUUGAUGUGCCUAUUACUGAGAGAUUGAGUCAUAGAACAGAUCGAGGAGUAGGAUGGCGACAUGUUCAACAACUUAUGUAUGAAUCUGAUCAGCAAUGUUAUGACAUUCUUCGAAUGAAUCAAAGGACUUUUGAAGCUUUGUGCAAGAUGCUAGCUGAGCGAUAUGGAUUGAAAGAGACUCACCAUAUCUACCUUGAAGAAUCUGUGGCGAUGUUUCUCGAGACUGUUGGUCAAGAUAAGACGAAGCGGGAUAUUGCUGCAAGGUAUCAAAGGUCAGUGGAUACAGUGCAAAGGAAGCUUGAUGAUGUCUUGAGUGCUAUUCUCAAGUUUGCAGUGGAUACAUUAAGACCACAGGAAGGCGAGUUUGGAAGAGUAAGUCCUGUUUUGAGGAAUGAUGAUCGGUAUUGGCCUCAUUUUAGAGAUUGUAUUGGAGCACUUGAUGGAACACAUGUCUCGGUUCGCCCUCCAAGUUAGAAUGCAGAAGCAUAUAAUGGCAGAAAGCAAGGACCUACAAUGAAUGUUCUUGCUAUAUGUAACUUCGAUAUGAAGUUCAUAUAUGCAUAUAUCGGUGUACCUGGUAGAGCACAUGAUUCAAAGGUCUUGACUCAUUGUGCGAGGAAUGAGGCUUCUUUCCCACAUCCUCCUCCUGGAAAGUAUUAUCUAGUUGACUCCGGAUAUCCGACGAGGACAGGUUAUCUUGGUCCGCAUCGUAAUAUGCGAUAUCAUCUUGGCCAAUUUGCUACAGGAGGACCACCAGUUAGUGCACGGGAGUUGUUUAACCGAAAACAUUCAGGUUUGCGAUCAGUGAUUGAGAGGACAUUUGGAGUAUGGAAAGCAAAAUGGAAGAUUUUGGAUCGUAAGCAUCCAAAGUAUGGUCUGGUCAAGUGGAUUAAGCUGGUGACAGCAACGAUGGCGCUACACAACUUCAUACGUGAUUCACAUCGGGAAGAUCAUGAUUUUGUACAAUGGCAAAGUGAUGAUGAUGGAGAUGGAGAAGGAGAAGAAGCUGAUAGUGACGGUGAUGAUGAUGAUGAUGAUGGUGGUUGCGGUGGUGGACAUUUUGUAUAUGAGCCGACCGGUGAUAGAGCGAUGGAAGCUUUGCGUGAUAACAUCACAAAUGAGUAUAGUAGAGGUCAUUUACCGUAUUAAAUGUUUUAGUUAAUGACUUGUUUUUUCUUUGCUUAUAAGUUUGAUUAUCAUUUAUAUGUGAUACUUAUUAAGACUUUAUGUAUUUUUUUUUAUCAACCAACUUGAUGUAUUAUUUAGCU